AUUGCAUUGAAACAGGCUGAAUUAGCUAUCGAGUGCCGGUCUGUGAAACAAUUGGUUAUAGCGUUCUACAAGGUUCACAGCCCGUACCACGCUUUUCUAAAGCGUCCGUUUCGAAACGUCGUAUAAGAAACGCCACUCUCCCUGCCAAUUUUCACCAUCGUCAUCGAACAACACCAACAAAAUGGCUUCUCUCUCUAUCUUCAUGGGAGUUCUCUCCCUGUCAACAUUUACACUCGCGGCGGGUAAUACACCCGGUCUUCCUCUUGUCAUCAAUACAUGGGGUGGCGAUUUCACCGCCGCUACGGAUGCGGCCUUCACCGCGCUGGGGAAGAAGGCUUCUGCACUUGACGCGGUUGAAAUUGGAGGUACGACGUGUGAGAACAAGCAGUGCGAUGGAAGUGUAGGCUUUGGAGGAAGUCCUGAUGAAAACUGUGAAACUACACUUGAUGCGAUGAUCAUGGAUGGUGGGAGUAUGAAUUCUGGUGCUGUUGCUGCUCUGCGUCGCGUUAAGGGUGCCAUUUCUGUUGCUCGACAUGUUCUCGAUCAUACUACCCAUUCUCUCAUCGUUGGAGACCAAGCUACCGAGUUCGCUAUCCAAAAUGGCUUCAAGACCACAAGCCUGUCUACCAAAAACUCGGAUAAGCUGUGCAAGGACUGGAAGGCCAAGAAGUGCCAGCCCAACUAUCGUAUCAACGUCAGCCCAAACCCAGCAUCAACAUGCGGUCCCUACAAGCCUCUCGCUACCCUCACAACAAGCACCAUGAAGACGAAUAAACAAACCGGCCACGACACCCUCUCUCUCAUCACAAUCCACAGAGACGGUUCCAUGGCUGCAGGAACAACAACAAACGGCGCCUCCCACAAGAUCCCCGGACGCGUCGGCGACGGCCCCAUCGUUGGCAGCGGCUCUUAUGUCGACAGCGACAUUGGCGGCUGCGGAGCCACAGGCGAUGGCGACAUCAUGCUUCGUUUCCUUCCUUGCUACCAAGCCAUCGAAGGCAUGCGCAACGGCCUCUCACCCAAAGAAGCAGCCGAGGAUGCAGUUCUCCGCAUGGUUCGCAAGUACGGCGAUCUCAAGAGCGGUAUCGUUGUCGUGGAUCGGUACGGAAACCACGGCGCUGCAUGCAGUGGGUGGAACUUCCAGUACAGCUACAGAGGAGGAAAGAUGACCAAGACAAAGGUCGUCACUGUGAAGCCGGUGCAGGAGGUUUAACGAGCAUCGAGCGUAACAGCAUGUUUGUAUUUUAGUUGUAUCAAUCGACAACAGUUAUGUCUUUGUCUUUAGUAGCGCUUUAGAUAUCCAAAAACAAAAAUGGAGAACGAUUGUUAUGUAUUGCCCUUGAUACAUGUGAUAUCUCUCCAUGUUGAUGCAACUAACUUGAUUGACCCCUUCCCACGAAAAGUCUUGAUAUGUCGCCACAAAGACCUUGGGAGUAAUUUUGUAUCAUCGCCCCAGCCUUUCAGCCUGGAAACGAACUCCCUGAGGGCUGGAUGUCUCGAAAACUCAAGGUAAAAGUCCUCCGUAUGGGCUUUCUCCGCAAGGCUCGCGAAUGAACCUGGGUUGAUCUGCUCUUUACCGAAAGGGCCAGCGCCAAUACUGGGAUAGUGGACACCCUUGUUAUCAGGAUCGAAGAUGCCAUCAACGGGAGCCGAAUUGGGUUGCAUAACACCACUCGGACUGAGGAAACGGAAGUACGCUUCCCGACAAUCAAGAACGUCAGAGCGUGGGAGGAGACCUUUCAUGAACAGAUAGCCAUCCUCUUCAUAGCGGGCCCUCAGGUCUGCGAUCGGCUCAGAUGGGUAAGACUGUUUGAGCUUCCCAAUCAUGCCAGACUCAAGAAGCCCGUCAUUGACGAGAUAGCCUUCUCUGAAAGCAUGCCUCGCAGUCUGCCUCGCAGUCUGUGUCGCAGUCUGGGUCAUAGUGCAGGCAAUCAGUCUGGCAGCGAUUGAAUUGACAUGAAGUGGUUAGACAUUCGAGCGAGGUUGUCAUUUUAUCACUUACAUGAGGAGGACACAGGUUCAUGAUUGGCAGUCACUUACACACAUGGAAAAUGUCUCCAACAAACAGAUGUUAGUUCCUUACCAAAAACAGUAAGCUUCCGGCGAGACACUACCCAGUCAGACAUGCUAUUAGGGCAGCUGGGCAUAAUAUGCAACCAGAGUUGCGGGGGUUGCAGGGUGCAGGGCUAGUGGAGGUAUGCUAUCAUGAACCGCAUCAAACAAGGGCAAGAUUGACAGUUCCACGGGAAAUCUAUCAUUGAAGUAAAAGGAAGGGGAAUGUUGACCGAGUGUGCUAAAAGAAGCAACUGCUUAGUUGGGGCGGCUCCAAUGGCCUUCAAUGAGGAUAACUUGGUAGACUACUGAUGUCAAGUAGAGGGGCACGCACUUCACAUGACGAAGGGCAAUGACGGACGUGAGGUCGACGUUUAUGACAAAUUUACAAAGCAAAAAACAACUCUGCCG